AUGGGUGAACCGGACCAAGUAGCAACUUUUCGAACCGUUCAGCAAGCGCCGACUGAUUCGACUUCCGAACCAUCACUGCCCUGCCACUUGCCAGCUGACGUCUCGGACGCUCAAGAAGUCCAGAAGCCAGCUUUUCACAAGUUUCCUUCUCUGGAUAUGAACAAUGGAAUGGGUGGUGGCCCACCUCCGAUGCGCACUGGCCCACCACAGCAAUCAGUCAACAAUCAACAGCCAGGGGCAAAUGACCCGAUCGUCAAGGUCAUCCGUUUCUUCCAGACGAUUUUGCGCAAAGAGGGUGGAGAUCAAUUGAAAAGCGAGCUCGUUCGAUUGGUGCAGGAGGUGAUUACGGAAAGAAUGGAGCCGACCGCUUUUACGGAGCAGCUGCAGGCGGCGCUGGGGACGAAGGCGCAACCGCACCUUGUGUCAUUUCUUGGCACCGUUCUUCCGACUCUCCGCGAGGCCAUCAAAAACGGGGACGUGAAGGUUAGCGUGUCGCAAGAUGGGCUCAGCAUGCUUUUCGAUGCGCCUCGGAUACCGCCAUCUUUACUGCAGACUGCUGUGCAACGCCAGCCACCACCUAUGCAGCAAACUGGUCAACAACCAUCACCGCAGUUGCCCAGGCCACAGCAGAAUAUGAUGCCCCCUCAACAACAACAACAUAUGCAAAGCCAUCUUGCUCACCAACAGGGUCCAUUACACAUUAAUCAGCCGAUGCACGCGCCGCCAAAUGGGAAGCACGAGCCGAUGGAUGUGGGCCAUCAACCCCAUAUGCAAAAUGAGCCACACCAUCAACCAUCUCAUGAACGGCAACAACCAACUCCCUCGCAGCAGCAAUCACAACAACAACAACAACAACCACCACCACAGCAACAAUCGCAACAGCCCAUAAACAAUACGCUCUCUGAAGAGGAAGUUGUUCGCACCUAUAAAGAAGGCCCCUUUGCCCAUGCGAUGAUUCGCGCCGAGCAGAUCAUGGCCAAGAUCACGCAGCGGAUGAACACGGCCUGCUACGUCGACGAGGAAUUGCUGACGAUGAUCUCUGAUGCCGCUGAGAACAGAGUACGCGAGCUUGUUGCCGAACUGGCCGUCACCGCUCAGCAUAGAAUAGAUCCGAAUCCGAGGCUGAAUCCGGACUACACCCCCAUCGACGACACGAAGAACCAGCUGAAAUGGUUGGAGACAAUGGACAAGCAACUGGAAGAUCAACGCCUGCUCCGCGAGCGUGACGAGACAUCCAAGGGCAAUAAGGGGAAAACAAAAGAUACCCUCGAAAAGGCGAAGGAUAUGCAACGGGCCGAGGCUGAAGAGAAGAGGGCCCGCGAGGCGAAUGCGGCUGCGAUCGCGGCGCUUGGAGGGUCCAAGCCAAGGCCUAACCGGUGGGACACUGCUGGUGCCGGGUCUGCUGCCCAUGCGAAUCUUCGUCCCAAAGUCAUCCGCGUCAACCUCCGCGAUUUUCAGACGGUCUAUGCGGCGAACCCAAGAAACCGGCGCUCGCAAAUUCUGCACAAGCUAGCCCUCGCCACACCGCCGGCCGACUCCAUU